CGAGACUUUAGACGGAGAGCAGUUCAGAGCAGUUGUGAAGCGCAUAUUUGUGGCAGUUCGUCGAGGUUAGAGCUGCCGUAGCGUGAGGAAAUUUGUGCUGAAAAAGUAUACGUUGUUAAGCCGUAUAACGUCGUUGAGCUUAUAAAACAGAUAAAUCAUGGAUGACAAAGAAGUAUUUGAUGAUAUAACAACAAAUGCAUUGCAAGUAGCCAUGCCAGCCGAGCUACCUGAGAUCAGGUUGUUUGGACGUUGGAAUUGCGAUGAUGUACAAGUGAAUGACAUGUCCCUGCAGGAUUAUAUCGCUGUUAAAGAGAAAAAUGCGAAAUACCUGCCACAUUCGGCAGGCCGUUACGCGGCGAAACGUUUUCGUAAAGCCCAGUGCCCCAUUGUGGAACGUCUCACAAAUUCUCUUAUGAUGCACGGCAGAAAUAAUGGAAAGAAAUUAAUGGCUGUGCGUAUCGUUAAACACGCUUUCGAGAUCAUUUAUCUCCUCACUGGUGAAAAUCCUUUGCAGGUUCUUGUCACAGCCAUUAUCAAUUCUGGCCCAAGGGAAGAUUCCACCCGCAUUGGACGUGCUGGUACCGUAAGGAGACAAGCCGUGGACGUGUCUCCGUUACGUCGCGUCAAUCAGGCUAUUUGGUUAUUGUGUACUGGUGCAAGAGAAGCCGCAUUCCGCAAUAUCAAAACAAUUGCCGAGUGCCUAGCCGAUGAGCUUAUUAAUGCUGCUAAAGGUUCAUCAAACUCGUACGCGAUUAAAAAGAAAGAUGAACUAGAGCGCGUUGCCAAGUCUAACCGAUAA